CUCUAACAGGUGUGCUGGUGGCAGCUUCUCUUCCAAAUGGGAACCCAGGCAGCCCGGUGGGAGAUGCCGCUCACCCACUUAUUACUCUAAUCACAGGGCUGCCAGCAGCUGAGCAAGCUUGUUAAGGAGUUGUGUUUUCCUCCUAGCUUUCCUGGCUCUGGGCCAGGCGGCCAGGCCUGGUAGCAGGUGACGAGCGCGGGAGGCCAUGAAUUGUUAGCAAAGCCAGUGAUUGUGAGACGGGCUUGGAGCUUGGUAGCGUCACUCAUUUGGAUCUUUAUGUGGGGGGAGAUUGACCCCAGGGAGCUGAGAUCAGAAGCUGGCCCUCCCUGCCCCCAGUGCAGUCAGGGGUGAUUCUGGUUUGACCCCGGGAGACCUGAGAUCAGGGGUGACUCUGGAUUGAUCUCAGGGAGCUGAGAUCAGAACCUGGCCCUCUCUGCCCCCAGUGCAGUCAGGGGUGACUCCGGAUCCAGCUCAGGGGUGGGUGGCUCUGUCCCAUGGUAGAAAGAGUUUCUCAUUGAUGUGCCAUGGGGUGCUCUGAGCCAGCCUCCUGCAGUUGCUGUGUAGGCGGUUCCCAGCCCCAGGGCUCAGGGCGCCGGCUUGAUGGCUCAGACCCAGGGGAUCCCUGCAUCACUGCCACAGCUGCUGAGCCAGCCAGGUGCUGCCUCCCACCCUAGGGCAGCCCCAGGAUGUUCAAGGAAUAUUUCCAGUACAAGGGGAUCAGCUUCCCCAGGCUGAUCUACUCGGAGCAGGGGCUGCGGGAGGUGGAGAACGAAUUCCAAGUCCGGGAUGAUGACAUCUUUAACGUCACCUACCAGAAAUCAGGGACCGUCUGGAUGCUGGAGAUCCUGAGCCUCAUCCACAGCAAUGGGGACCCCAGCUGGUGCCGCACAGUCCCUAACUGGGACCGGGGGCCCUGGUAUGAGACUGUCUUGGGCCUCCAGACCGCACGGAGCAACCAGGCACCCCGGCUCAUCAGCUCCCACCUGCCCAUCCAGCUCUUCGCCAAGUCUUUCUUCCAGUCCAAGGCCAAGAUGCUGUACACGUUGCGGAACCCCAAGGACGUCUUCGUCUCCCUCUACCACUUCGCCCAGAUCUUCCGCCCCUACAAGGAGCCGGGGCAGCUGGACCAGUUCCUGGAGCAGUUCCUGGAGGGGGACGUGCCCUUCGGCUCCUGGUUUGACCACGUCAAGGGCUGGAUGAGCCUGCAGGACCACGAGAACUUCUUCUGGAUCACCUACGAGGAGCUGCAGCAGGAUCUGCGGGGCAGCGUGGAGCGGAUCUGCCGGUUCCUGGGCAAGCCGCUGGAGGCGCGGGCGCUGGACGGGGUGGUGGAGAACGCCUCCUUCCAGGCCAUGAAACGGAACAAGAUGUGCAACUUCAGCCUGGCUCCCCGCUUCCUCCUGAACCAGACCCAGAGCUCGUUCCUGCGGAAAGGGAUUGCUGGGGACUGGAAGAACCAGCUCACCACGGCCCAGAGCGAGAAUUUCGACCGGAUUUACCGGGAACAGAUGCAGGGGCUGGAUCUGAGCUUCCCCUGGGAUGAGCCGAGCCCCCAGCCGUCCCCACCCCCCACCAACUGCACAGGCCCCUCAUCGGGCAGCAGCUGAGACAGAAGGGAGUGCGGUGCACUGGUUAGAGCAGCAGGGCUGGGAGCCAGGACUCCUGGGUUCUCGCCACAGCUCUGGGAGGGGAGUGGGGUCUAGUGGUUACAGCAGCAGGGGUGGGGAGUGGGGGCUGGGAGCCAGGACUCCUGGGUUCUCUCCCUGGCACGGGCAGGGGAGUGGGGUCUAGUGGCUAGAGCACGAGGCCUGGGAGCCAGGACUCCUGGGUUUCAGGUUUAACAAUUGAAAACAGGACUCCUAAGGGUGGGGAUGGGGGUGUCCUUGGGCAGUGGGGUGCAGGUUGGGGUGCCGGGGGUCAGGUGUCCAGGAGGGGUAGGAUGGGCCCACGACUCUGUGUUCCCAGCGGCUCCCCGUGGGGCAGGUGGAUCUCAGCAGCUGCACUAACCACUAGACACCACUCCCUGCACCCUGUGUGGCUGUGUUAGUGGCCCUUCUGGGAGAUCUCUUAGGAGAGGAUGGAGUUCCCCCCCCCCCCAGCAGGAUCCCUGCCCCAUUCAGCCCCCACAAGGUGCAGAGGGAGUAGGAGGGGGGUUAGUUCAGUGUGUGUGUGUGUGUGGGGGGGGGGGUGUCAAGGGUCCCCCAGGAUCUGGUCUCCUCUUAACCUGAGAUCUGUAGUAAACACGGAACAAAUAAAACUCAUUUCUC